CUGAGGAAGCUGAUGUGUUAUUCCCUCUCUGCAACGAAGGAUCAGGAAGUUUGUACUCUCUGUGUGGCUGAGAAGUUUUUCACCUACUGGAACCCGUUUAGGGUACGGGAAACAGGUGUCCUCCAAAACUAGAGCGCGAACUGCAGCCUACGUCCCACUGCAGCUCAGGAGCAACGUCAGGUAAGAAUGACAACAUUAACUCAUAGAACCCGUCGAACUGAAGUAAGUAAGAGCUCUGAAAAGAAAAUAGAAAGUGAGGAAGACACUAAUCAAGAAAGGAGUCCAGAUAAUGAAGACCCUGGAGACUCUAAGGAUAUCCGCCUCACUCUUAUGGAAGAAGUAUUGCUCCUGGGACUAAAAGAUAAAGAGGGCUACACAUCUUUCUGGAAUGACUGUAUAUCAUCUGGACUGCGAGGAGGCAUUCUGAUAGAGCUGGCCAUGCGGGGUCGAAUCUAUCUGGAACCUCCCACCAUGCGUAAGAAGCGACUCCUAGACAGAAAGGUCCUGCUGAAGUCAGACAGCCCAACAGGUGAUGUUUUGCUGGAUGAAACGCUCAAACACAUUAAAGCAACUGAGCCAACCGAAACUGUGCAGACGUGGAUCGAGCUACUCACUGGUGAGACAUGGAACCCUUUCAAAUUACAGUACCAGCUGAGAAAUGUACGAGAACGAAUUGCCAAGAACCUGGUGGAAAAGGGCAUUCUAACCACAGAGAAGCAGAAUUUCCUGCUGUUCGACAUGACCACUCAUCCAGUGACCAAUACGACAGAGAAACAGCGACUAAUGAAAAAGCUUCAAGACAGUGUGCUGGAACGGUGGGUAAAUGACCCUCAGCGCAUGGACAGGCGAACACUGGCCCUCCUGGUACUGGCCCACUCUUCCGAUGUGCUGGAGAAUGUCUUCUCUUGUCUAACAGAUGAUAAGUAUGAUGUGGCAAUGAAUCGAACCAAGGACCUAGUAGAACUGGAUCCUGAAGUGGAGGGGACAAAGCACAAUGCUACAGAGAUGAUCUGGGCUGUGCUGGCAGCCUUCAACAAAUCCUAAAGCCAGCAGGCAGGUGUCUCCUUUUCCCUGCUGGCUGGUGACUGUCAGAGACCCCAUCACUGAGUUCAGUGUAAUAAGAUACUAUCAUCAUUUCCCCUCUUUUUCAAUCAGACUCCUGACUUGAGGAGGAAAACUUCAGGGCCUCUCUGUACGUCGGCCAUGACCUUCUAAGCAGACUGUUUCUCCUCACUUCCACUCUGUCUGAAUGAAAGGGGUGAACCUACACACAUCUAAUAAACAACUCCCAUUUCUGGGUUUAGUUUUAACCAGUGUGGUUCUGGAUAAACAGGAGUUCCUGUGUGGGGAUUAGAGUUUUCCAGCAACAAAAUGUGAAGGAAAUGAAGAGUAAACCAUAUUUCAUUUUUUUCUCCUUUAUUCAUGUUUUCUCAGGCUUUGUUUCUCCACUCUGUUAAACAGUAACACUUCCUGAAAUCACUGACUCUUUGAGAGGCAGAGGAAAAAAGACUAAUUUUUGAAGCAAAUGGUUCCUGAGAUUAUACUUCCCACCUGUGAUUUUCUCAUCUUCAUAUAAUGAAAACACUCCAAGUUUGAUGACCCGAAUCCCUUAGUUCUCAAAGCAGAAAUGUAUUCUACACUCCUCUUUAGCACUGUCUGGCUCCCACACUCAUUAAGAUUCUGAAUUGAAAAAGCAGUGUGCCUCAGUCACCUCCUCCUUACAGCCAGCAUUAGGACCUGUAGAGAAGGGGGCAACAUGAUACUUCACAUCCGUGAAACCAAGUGUCAUCCGAGCACUGAAGAGAGAGUGGCAGCUAGAUUCAGGGCUAGCCUUGGCUGUAUGAGACCAUCUCGCAUUCAAAAAUUAAAGACUUUUCACAUAUCCUUCAGUAUGUGACUGUUCUGUUUGCUCUAGACUACUUUAAAUAUCUCUACUCUGAUAAAAUUAAGGGAAUUAAGUUUCAAGUCCCAAAUUACAGCAUUGAGUUCCGACAAUGUAGCCAAUCUCCAUAUUUGCAUAGUCUCUGUUUUUAUUUCCUACAUAAAUGGAUAAAUUUUCCCUGUAUUUAAGGGCUUUGGCAGUAAUUCUAUCUAUAUUUAAUCUAUUGACACCCUCUAAAUUGUGUCUUCUUUCAACACAGCCAUCCUGGCCAAAUCCCUUAAAAUGUUUUUGCUUCAGUAGAGAGGGUGAAGAGGAUGGAGAGAUCCUAUUUAGAUGGCCAGUUGAGUGUCACCAGCAGCAGAUGCAAAGCCUAAGCUCAUGGGUUGUGAAGAGGCCAGCACUGUGUUGUGCAGAGUUCAAGCACCCUGUUGACCACUGGGGAGAGACCGGCUUUUCACACAGCCACCACAGAUGACUUGGACUAACACCAAAUCCUCCUAAUCAGAAAUAAAUUAGUAUAACCUCAUCGUUCCCCUGAACCUCCCUAGGUCUGUGAAAGUUCUCCAGCUCAUUGUUAUUGUUUUCAUUUCAUCUGACUCUUAGAUGAGUAGAGAUAAAAGCUGUCAUUUGAGAAGCUAAGCAGAGCCUUAGUCUGGCUUUCUAGAAGGGCAAAAGCCAGGCCAUGUAUAAUCUAGCAGCUCAUAUUAUCUUCCCAUUAGAACAAUUCAUAGUGAAUUGAAACCAGAUUUUCCUUUGAAAGCUUUAGCUUGUUUGGGGAAUAGAAGUUGAAUUCUUUCUUGCAACUCUCAAUGUUUAUUUUUAUAUGUCCAUACAAUGAGAAUGUCUUCACUUCUAAUCUGUGUAAUGUUCACUGCCAAACACUCAUUUAGUGUAUAUUGCCUUCACAUUUCUGUAUAAUAAAGAUCAAUAAUUGUGCCUCUGUUCUCUCUGUA